UUUUCAUAACGUACUUCACGGCAAGUGACUAUACUGUUUGUUGUAUAAACCUAUAUACUGUGCUAAUUUUAUUGUUGUGUUGUUUUUUGUUUUUCCUUACAAAAAUAGCAUUAAAGUAAUUUGAAAUUGUGUUGGGUCAGCUUAAAAAAUUAUUCUGAAUACGAUUUUUAACUAGAAUGUCCGUAACUUCAAAUUAUAUACCAACAGAGACGUUGCCUUACCUUCUCUGUGCACAGUGCCAAAAAGUGCUUUCUCGAUUUCCAGUCUAUUGCUAUUCAAAGGGCUCUAGCUGUGGUCGUUGCAAAUACCCUGACAAAGGGAUAAGAAAUGAAGCUUAUGAAGCCGCGGUACAAUAUCUAAAAUUCCCUUGCUGUAACAACGAAUAUGGAUGCCUUGAAAAUCUAUUUCCUAAAGACAUGGAAAAACAUGAAGAUUCAUGUAGUUUCAGAAAGUAUGAAUGCCCAAUGAAUCCAAAUACAUCAUGUGACUGGAAAGGCUGUGUUAACGAUUUAUUAGACCACUUUUCUCAGAAACAUAAAAUAUUUAUUCUUAGUGAACAUCCAUUCGAAGUGGACUUUGUCAAUAGUCACAACGAAAAUUAUCUUUUGCCUUAUGGAGAAGGAUUAUAUUUAGUUAAUCGUUCCAGCGAUUCAAAGAGACAAAUAUUUUAUUGUACAGUGUCUUAUAUUGGUAAUGACGUAGAUGAGGAGGUUUCUUACAAACUAAUUUUGGAAAAUGGAAAUAGGUCUUGCUCGCACGAACUACAAAAUAAAAUUAAUGUAACGACACCACUUGAAAAAACUGAUUUAAAGAAUAUUUUAAAUGAUCCUACUUCAAUAGUAGCCAGAAUUGAAAUUUUCAAAGAGGAGGAUGAGGUAAUAGAGUUUAGUGAUACUGAUGAUGAAGAGUCGAGUAAUAAUAUGAAUGAUAAUCUCCUAAAGGAAUUAGAAUGCAUGGUUUGUUUUGAAUAUAUGAUACCCCCCAUCCAUCAGUGUAUCACAGGUCAUAGUAUAUGCCUCUCAUGUAAAGAAAGUGUUAAAGAGUGUCCAACUUGUAAAAAAGGAUUUGAUAACACUCAAAAUUUUCUACUUGCUCAAAUUGUGCAACAUAUCAAUUAUCCUUGUAAGCACAAGAAAUGUAAGUUUUUAGGGAAAUAUACAGAUAUUAAGCAGCAUGAGGCCACAUGUGUUUAUUCGCCGUUCAAUUGUCCAUUAAAAGACCAUCUUGAUUGUGAUCAAAAAAUACCAUUCGAUCAAAUUUAUGAGCACGUUGCAAAUAACCACGCUGAGAAUUUAUUACAGAUGGACGUUGUAGCAAUACCAUUUUUUGAGGGGGAAACUCUUGAAGAAUGUUUUAUUAUCAAAUUCAGGAAGAAACUCUUCAGGCUGUAUUUCCUGUAUAAAGAUAAUGUAUUUAAUUUCACUGUACAGUUAAUCGGCCCUUCGGAUGGUAGUUCCAAAUACCAAUUUGAAAUAGAUAUUUUAGAUAAUGCCUGUGGAAAGUAUAGGGCAUAUAUGACUAAUUGUUGUGGUUCUAUGACCAGUUUUCUUACCGCCUUUGAUAACGAAAAAGUAGUUGUUAAAUUUACUGAGGACCAGAUUAUGCGACUGAUCAAAGAUGAAUUAUGUUUCAGGGUUAGAAUAUCUACAAACUAAAGUGCUGUGAAUCAUUUUAAGUCUAUUAAGAAUUUGUAUUAUUGGUUUACAGCUAAUAAAUAUGUUAUUCAUGA